GUUUCUUUCCCAAUUUUCCUCUCUGUACUUAUCUGCUUAUUUAGAAAUUUCCUUUUGUUGCCAAUUUUGAUUUGUGAUUGUGCUUAGGGUUUUUGUUUUGCCUCAUUUGAAUUCCUUUUGUGGAAAGAUCAGUUCUUUAAUUUCACUGGUUAUUGUGUAUAAGGUUAAUUUCGUGAGCGUGUUAAAUCCGAGAAGGUAUAUACAUAUACAUACGUACAUGUGUGUUUGGGGGUGUGUAUGUAAAGGUAGUUUUUUUCUACUGAAGAAAAGUUUGAUUCGCAAUUGAACUAACUUGUGGUGGUGGUGGUGACUGUGUUGUAGUACAAACGGGUCUGGAUUUGAUUAACGCUUACCUUAGGAGGGUUCGGUUGAAAUGGGGGGUGAUUUCAACUUCAAUAACUUCGGAACUGAUCCGCCGGGGGGCAAUUACCCCCUGACACGUCAGCACUCGGUUUACUCAUUGACUUUCGAUGAGUUCCAAUCCACGGUUGCUGGAACCACCAAGGAUUUUGGCUCGAUGAACAUGGAUGAGCUGCUGAGAAGCAUUUGGAGCGCCGAGGAAAAUCAGAUCUUCGGAUCAACUAGCGGCGUUGGUGGUGGUGGUGGUGGUGGUGGUGUUGGCGGAGACGGUGGAAAUGGCUAUUUGCUGAGGCAAGGGUCGUUGACUCUUCCUCGUACGCUUAGCCAGAAAACGGUGGAUGAGGUGUGGCGAGAUAUGGCCAAGGACUAUAAUAAUAGUAAUAGUAAUGCCGGAAAAGAUUCUGUAGCAGGCGGCACCACUGGCGGCAGCUUCGGUGUUCCUCAAGGGCAGCCGACUUUAGGUGAGAUCACACUCGAGGAGUUCUUGUUUAGAGCUGGUGUUGUGAAGGAAGACAACACUCAGUUUGCUUCUGCCAAGCCGUCUAAUAAUAGUAAUAAUAAUAAUAGUAGUAGUGUUAGUCUCGGUUUCUUUAGUGAGCUAUCACGCCCCGUCACCAAUCCUGGAUUGGACUUCGGGAUUAGUAAUCAGAUCGCUAUGCAAUCUGCUAAUCUACCGUUAAACGUGAACGGGGGUCGAUCCUCUACUUCACACCAUACGGUGAACAAGCAGCAGCUACUUCCUAAACAGGCUGCUACUUUGGCAUAUAAUACAGCUCCUCCAAUGGGAAUUCCGCAGUUGAGUACUAGUAUGGUUCAGAGUGGAGGUGUCGGGAUUGUUAGUUUAGGAGGUAAUAAUACAGUUAUGACAGGAUCUCCGUCACUUUCAUCGGAUGGGCCCACAAAGAGUAACACAUCUUCGGUUUCGCCUGUGCCUUAUGUGUUUAACGGUGGUUUAAGGGGUCGGAAAACUGCUGUUUUGGAGAAAGUUGUCGAGAGGAGGCAAAGGAGGAUGAUCAAGAACAGAGAAUCUGCUGCUAGAUCACGUGCUCGCAAGCAGGCAUACACUAUGGAGUUGGAAGCAGAAAUUGCGAAGCCGCAGGCGGAAAACGAGGAGUUGCAGAAGAGACAGGCUGAAUUGAUGCAAAUGCAGACAGGUAAUGGAGACGAUGAUUCGACGAAGCAACAAAACGAGAGUAAGAAGAAACAAUGCCUUAGAAGGACGCAAACGGGUCCGUGGUAAAUACUAAAUACGAAAUACUGUAUUUUUGCAGCAUUGAUUACUGAAAUAUAUUUGUAACACUGUAAAUGUAAUGUAUAGGGACAUCUUUUCUGUUGUAGAUCAAUAGAAAUUAGAUGAUUAAGGUUUUUUUUUUCCAUGGAGUUUCUUUUUGA